CAGCGGCCUGCUUCUAUUUAUGUGGGGUAUCCAACAUGGCGGCUGCGGCGACCCUGGCGAUGGCGGUGGAGCCCAUCAGAACAUAGUGGCUGGGAAGGGGGCACGGUCCGCACUCACGGUGGCGUCGGCAGAGACGACUGAGGGUGGUGGAGGGAAGAAAAGCGACGGAAAGCAGAAGGAAGGGCGGGCAGGCAAACAACUCGGCGUAGAACCGAGCGCCGGCUCGAGCGAAGGCAGAGGGCCAGAACAGUGGGGAUGGCGGAGCCACGCAGAGUAGCGUUUAUUAGCCUGUCACCGGUGAGGCGGCGCGAGGCCGACUACGCGGGGGCCGAACGCGAGCCCGAGUACCCUCGCGAGCCCCCCCGGCUGGAGCCGCAGCCGUACCGCGAGCCGGCCCGGGCGGAGCAGCCGGCCCCGCGGGAGGCUGCCCCCCGGUCGGACGCGCAGCCCCCGCCGCGGGAGAAGCCGCUCCCCCAGCGCGAGGUCAGCCGCGCCGAGCCGCCCAUGUCGCUGCAGCGCGAGCCCCCGCGGCCCGAGCCGCCGCCGCCGCCGCCGCUCCCUCAGCUGCACUUGCAGCCGCCCCCGCCGCGGGAGUCGGCUUCCCGGGCCGAGCCGCCGCAGAGGCCGCCGAGGGAGACGGUGCGCCUGGAGCUGGUGCUCAAGGAUCCCACCGACGAGAGCUGCGUGGAGUUCAGUUACCCGGAGCUGCUGCUGUGCGGAGAACAACGGAAGAAGCCCAUUCACACAGAAGACCCAUUUAAUGAUGAGCAGCAAGAGAGGCAAGAAGUGGAAAUGUUGGCUAAGAAGUUUGAAAUGAAAUAUGGUGGGAAACCCCGUAAACACCGGAAGGAUCGGCUACAAGAUUUAAUUGAUAUAGGCUUUGGCUAUGAUGAGACAGAUCCAUUUAUUGAUAACUCAGAGGCUUAUGAUGAAUUAGUUCCUGCUUCUCUAACGACAAAAUAUGGAGGCUUUUACAUCAACACUGGCACCCUGCAGUUUCGCCAAGCUUCAGAUACUGAAGAAGAAGAUAUCACAGACAACCAAAAGCACAAGCCACCCAAAAUUCCCAAAAUAAAAGAAGAUGAUAUUGAGAUGAAGAAGCGAAAGAGGAAAGAGGAAGGGGAAAAGGAGAAGAAACCAAGGAAAAAAGUCCCCAAACAACUGGGAGUUGUGGCUCUAAAUUCACACAAGUCUGAAAAAAAGAAGAAACGUUAUAAAGAUUCUCUUUCUCUAGCUGCCAUGAUACGAAAAUUUCAGAAAGAGAAGGAUGCAUUAAAGAAGGAGCCUAACCCCAAAGUCCCAAUGAACUUAGCAACCUCCUCUCUGAAUAAAACUCCCUCCGCUGCUGUAGCAUUGGGAAAUGAUGUCUCGGACUUAAAUCUGAACAGUGCUGAUCCGGACCUCCCCAUUUUUGUUGGCACAAAUGAACAUGAACUGUUUCAGGAAGCUGAAAAUGCCCUAGAGAUGCUAGAUGAUUUCGACUUUGACAGAUUAUUGGAUGCUGCUUCUGAUGGUAGCCCCCUCUCUGAGUCAGGGGGAGAGAAUGGAAACACCACCCAGCCAACCUAUGCCUCUCAGAUUAUGCCCAAGGUGGUGCCCACACUCCCAGAGGGUCUGCCUGUCCUCCUUGAAAAACGCAUUGAAGACCUCCGUGUAGCUGCCAAACUUUUUGAUGAAGAAGGAAGGAAAAAAUUCUUUACACAGGAUAUGAAUAAUAUUCUUCUGGACAUUGAGUUACAGCUACAGGAACUAGGCCCUGUCAUUCGUAGUGGUGUCUACUCCCAUCUUGAAGCUUUUGUGCCAUGCAAUAAAGAAACACUGGUAAAACGUCUAAAGAAGUUACAUCUUAAUGUCCAGGAUGAUCGUUUAAGAGAACCUCUGCAAAAACUGAAACUGGCUGUUAGCAAUGUCAUGCCUGAACAGCUAUUUAAAUACCAGGAGGACUGCCAAGCUCGCAGUCAAGCUAAGUGUGCCAAGUUGCAAACAGAUGAGGAACGAGAAAAAAAUGGAUCCGAGGAAGAUGACGAUGAGAAACCGGGGAAACGUGUCAUAGGACCAAGAAAGAAAUUCCACUGGAAUGACACCAUCAGAACUUUGUUAUGUAACCUUGUUGAGAUCAAAUUGGGAUGCUAUGAGUUAGAGCCAAAUAAAAGCCAGUCUGCUGAGGAUUAUCUUAAAUCCUUUAUGGAGACAGAGGUGAAACCAUUGUGGCCUAAGGGCUGGAUGCAGGCAAGAAUGCUUUUUAAGGAAAGCCGGAGUGUACAUAAUCAUCUUACUUCUGCUCCGGCAAAGAAAAAGGUGAUUCCUGCACCUAAACCCAAAGUGAAGGAGUGUAGUCCAAAAAAGGACCAGAAAACUACUGCAUCCUUGGUGGCUUCAGUUGGUGGUCCUUCAACAAGCUCUAGCACAUCUGCCGUGGCCUCUACCAGUUCUAGCUCUACACCAGCCCAGGAGACCAUCUGCCUUGAUGACUCCCUAGAUGAAGACCUUUCUUUCCAUCCACCUGCACUGGAUCUUGUUUCUGAAGCUUUAGCCGUUAUCAACAAUGGGAACAAGGGCCCCCCAGCUGGCUCAAGGAUAAGCAUGCCAACUGCAAAGCCUCGCCCAGGACUGAGAGAAGAAAAAUUAGCAAGUAUCAUGAGUAAGCUGCCACUGGCUACUCCUAAAAAACUAGAUUCUUCUCAGACUGCACAUUCAUCAAGUCUUAUUGCUGGUCACACGGGGCCAGUACCAAAGAAACCCCAGGAUUUAGCUCAUACUGGCAUUUCUUCAGGCCUUAUUGCUGGUUCUUCAAUUCAGAACCCUAAAGUCUCCUUGGAACCGUUGCCAGCCAGGCUGCUUCAGCAAGGACUACAGAGGUCGAGUCAGAUUCACGCUUCUUCCUCCUCACAGACCCAUGUUUCCUCUUCUUCCCAAGCCCAAGUUGCUGCCUCCUCUCACGCUCUGGGAACUUCAGAGGCCCAAGACGCUUCUUCAUUAACACAAGUAACAAAGGUGCACCAGCAUUCAGCUGUCCAACAAAACUAUGUGUCUCCAUUACAAGCAACCAUUAGUAAAUCACAGACCAACCCAGUGGUGAAAUUAAGUAAUAAUCCCCAACUUUCCUGUUCAUCCCCGCUUAUUAAGACUUCAGAUAAGCCACUUAUGUACCGCCUUCCCUUAUCUACUCCCUCACCUGGAAAUGGUUCUCAAGGGUCCCACCCCCUGGUUUCUAGGACAGUACCUAGCACCACUACCUCCAGUAACUAUUUAGCCAAGGCUAUGGUGUCACAGAUGUCCACGCAGGGUUUCAAAUCUCCCUUCUCAAUGGCUGCGUCCCCCAAACUUGCCGCCUCUCCAAAACCUGCCACAUCUCCUAAACCCUUGCCCUCACCUAAGCCUUCUGCCUCACCCAAGCCCUCUCUGUCCGCUAAGCCUUCAGUAUCAACUAAACUUGUUUCUAAAUCCAACCCAACCCCCAAGCCUCCGGUACCCCCAAGCUCUUCCAGUCCAAAUGCACUAGUAGCCCAGAGCAGCCACUCCAGCAGUAACAACCCAGUCCAUAAACAGCCCAGUGGGAUAAACCUCAGCAGACAGUCUCCCACCUUGAAUUUGCUGCCCUCCAAUCGUACUUCAGGCCUUCCAUCCACAAAAAAUCUUCAGGCCCCUUCAAAGCUAACAAAUUCUUCACCCACUGGAACUGUUGGGAAGAAUAGCUUGAGUGGAAUUGCAGUGAAUGUACCUGCCAGCAGAGGUAGCAACCUUAACUCAAGCGGAGCGAAUAGGACUAGUCUCUCUGGGGGAACAGGAAGUGGAACACAGGGUGCUACUAAACCGUUGUCUACUCCACAUAGACCAUCCUCUGCCUCAGGGUCUUCAGUGGUAACCGCCAGUGUGCAGUCCACAGCAGGAGCAUCAUUAUUGGCUAAUGCCUCACCUCUGACUCUCAUGACAUCACCUUUGUCUGUAACAAAUCAAAAUGUGACUCCUUUUGGGAUGCUGGGUGGCCUUGUUCCAGUGACCAUGCCCUUCCAGUUUCCCUUGGAGCUACUUGGCUUUGGAACGGACACAGCUGGAGUGACAACCACCUCGGGAUCUACCUCAGCCGCUUUCCACCAUAGCCUAACUCAGAAUUUACUAAAGGGUUUACAGCCAGGAGCUCAGCAUGCAGCAACACUUUCCCACUCACCUCUGCCUGCACAUUUACAGCAAACGUUCAAUGAUGGAGGCCAAAGUAAAGGGGACACUAAAUUACCACGGAAAUCUCAGUGACUUCCCAGUGAGCAAUGGAGAUGAGACACUCAGCUGGCUGAUGGAAUCUACCUGAAGGGAAAGUACUCAUGUGGUCAUAGGGCUGCUGUUCUGUCGAUGUUUACAUUCUCUCGUCCCAAGCACUGUGGUGAGGAGGAAAAAAGAAAAAACAUUACUUGAGUCAAGCCAGGUGCAGGAGGAAGAAAUGGCUUUCGUGCAAAGUUAGUGACCCGUGGUCUCCUCUAAAGAAAGACAAAGUGACCAUAUUAACUGACUUGAAAGAGACUCAGUUGUCAAACCCACAGAAGUACAAAUUUUGAUUUUUUUUCCCUGGGGGAGGAAGAAGGAAUCUGAGGAUUUGGGUAAACUCCAUCCAUCCUGGGGGUUGGAUCUGAACACUUGUAGACAUAAUCGCAUAAUAAAAGGCAGUCUAUCUGGAA